UUGUUUGUUUCUUAGAACUUACAAAAUACUUAAACAUUCUAAGCUGAUGACUUCAAUACAUUUUUUCGAUAUCGCAAAAUUCGCAUUGACCAGAUUUUUUCAAUUCGAAUAUAAACCGCAGCUCAACCUAACUUCAGUAUCAGUGCAAAUUUUUUCUCAACAUCAUGUUGAAGUAUAUAGUUUUUGGGUUUUUAAUAACGACCGUGUUGGCUCUAGAAAAGAAUGAUAAAUGUCCGAACGAAAAUGAAAAACCUGGGUUACUUGAAAAAUAUUGCGAGGAUGAGAAAUUCGAUAUCAAAAAAGAGCUUACUUGCGUUUGUGAAUGGUUCCAUUACAAAGAUAAAGAUGGAAAAUGCGUCACAAAAGAUGAAUGCGAAAAAGGAACUACGACAACAGUGGCCCCAACUACAACACCAUGUCCUACAUCAAAACCAGAAACUCAAUAUUGUCAGCUAGGAGAAGUUUUAGUUUCUUAUUCUUGUGGAAGCAAUUAUGGGUAUCGUCACCAGGUUCUUGUAAGACAUUACAAUUAUUAUCCACAACCUUAUCCAAAGAAAUGUUACGUGUGUAAGAAAAAGGAUGGAAAAUACGGAAAAUAAGUUGUUUAAAUUUAAAUGUUUCUUUCUUUAGAUUUUUAAAAGUUAUUAUAUGUUAAUAACCGAAAUAAAUCUUACACAGAAAAUA